AUGGAUAUCAACGCAUUGGCUGGAAUUAUUGGUGGAAUAAGCAACAUGAUCCAAAAUAACGUUGAAACAAUCAAUGUGCCAUCUUCGCAAAUCAUGGGCCGCUGGUUUCAGAUGUAUAAGGCGGCGAUCAAUUUUGAUGUGUACAGAACGGAAAUGUUUUGUCCGGUGGCAUACUUUAAGCCGAACUCGGUAAUGGGUGAAGAUGGCUUUUCAAUCGAAGAGGCAUACCGGGUAGUUUCUAAAAAUGGUCCAAUCGAAACGUAUAAAAGGGACCUAAACAAAGUUGGCGCUGGCCAAUUCUGGAUGUAUACCGAAGAAUAUUUUUAUCCUCGACAGUUUUACAUAAUCAAAGUUGGCCCAAAUUAUACAAAUACGACAAAUGAAAUUACCGAAAAAGACAAAUCCUAUGAGUAUAUGGUUGUUACGGAUGCAAACAGAUUAUCGCUGAGUGUCUAUGCGCGCGAUCCAAUGAUUUUUUAUCAAAAAUAUAACAAAGAAACUGUGGAAUUUCUGGAGCAUGCUGGAUUUGGUGGCAAAGUAUUCUGGAAUUCUCCACGACCAAUUUACCAAGGAGCUGACUGCGAAUGGCCAUCAGAAAAAGAAGUAUUUGCACGACGAGUGUUGAAGAACCAGGAAUUAGCAGAAAGAGCACGACUGGAGGCAGCAGCUGGAUCGGGUUCCGAAAAACCUGCACUCACGGGCUCUUCCUCAUCAACGACGGAUACCCGUAGUGCAAUUGCAGAAAUGCUUCAGAAUCCGCAGCUGGCAUUACAGAAACUGGUGCAAGGGCACUGA